AUGGACGGAUUAAAUUUGGACAUGUCCAACGCGGCGGUGAUGAAGGAUGAGCAAGGCCGUCCUUUUAUCGUCGUUCGAGAUCAGGGGAGGAAGAAGCGCCAGUUUGGUAACGAAGCCGUCAAGUCGCACAUUCUCGCCGCUCGAACCGUCGCAAAUAUCGUCAAGUCGUCUCUUGGUCCUCGUGGACUCGACAAGAUCCUUAUCUCUCCCGAUGGAGAUAUCACCGUGACAAACGACGGCGCUACUAUCCUGCAACAGAUGGAGAUCACCAACCAUGUUGCCAAGCUACUGGUUGAGCUCUCCAAGUCCCAGGACGAUGAGAUUGGUGACGGUACCACUGGUGUCGUUGUUCUCGCCGGCGCUCUCCUGGAGCAGGCUGCCGACCUGAUCGACAAGGGAAUCCACCCCAUCCGAAUUGCCGACGGUUACGACCAAGCUUGCGAUAUUGCUGUUGCCGAGCUUGAUAAGAUUUCAGACACAAUCGAGUUCUCCCGCGAAGAGACUUCCAACCUUGUCAAGGUUGCACGAACAAGUUUGGGAAGCAAGAUUGUUUCCAAGUCCCAUGACCAAUUCGCCAACAUUGCUGUUGAUGCCGUUCUAUCUGUUGCCGACCUCGAGCGAAAGGAUGUCGAUUUCGAGCUGAUCAAGGUUGAUGGCAAGGUCGGAGGAGCUCUCGAGGAUACCCUCCUUGUCAAGGGUGUUAUUGUCGACAAGGACUUCUCACACCCCCAGAUGCCCUCAGAAGUCCGGGAUGCCAAGAUUGCCAUCCUGACUUGCGCUUUCGAGCCCCCCAAGCCCAAGACCAAGCACCACCUCGACAUCACCAGCGUCGAGGAGUUCAAGAAGCUUCAAAACUACGAAAAGGAGAAGUUUAUUGAGAUGAUUCAGCAGAUCAAGGAUACAGGUGCCAACCUCGCCAUCUGCCAGUGGGGUUUCGACGACGAGGCCAACCAUCUCCUCCUCCAGAAUGAGCUACCAGCUGUUCGAUGGGUCGGUGGACCUGAGAUUGAGCUGAUUGCUAUUGCUACCAACGGCCGAAUAGUCCCCAGAUUCGAGGAUCUUUCCGCAGCCAAGCUGGGUACGGCUGGCAUUGUCCGAGAGAUGUCCUUCGGUACAACACGAGAGAAGAUGCUUAUCAUUGAGGAGUGUGCCAACACCCGGGCUGUCACAGUCUUUGUCCGAGGUAGCAACAAGAUGAUUAUCGACGAGGCCAAGCGAUCUCUACACGAUGCUCUUUGCGUGGUGCGAAACCUGGUCCGUGAUAACCGUGUUGUCUACGGUGGUGGUGCUGCCGAGAUUGCCUGCUCUUUGGCUGUCGAGGACGAGGCUGUCAAGACUCCUGGUCUUGAGCAGUACGCCAUGCGUGCCUUUUCCGAGGCUCUCGACACCGUUCCCAUGACCCUAGCUGAGAACAGUGGUCUCAACCCUAUCGCUACUCUUGCCGAAGUCAAGAGCCAACAGGUCAAGGCUGGACCCGAGGGCCGUGGCAAGCUUGGUGUCGACUGCAUGGGACGUGGUGACAACAACAUGAAGGAGGCUUUCGUUAUUGACCCUCUUAUCGGCAAGAAGCAGCAGCUCCAGCUUGCCACACAAUUAUGUCGCAUGGUUCUCAAGGUCAACAACGUUAUUGUUUCAGGAGCGGAUGACAACGACUUUUAG